AUGGCGGACCGAGCUUCAGCAGAAAUGAAGCCAAAAUGCACCCCCGCGGAGCUCAUGUUGAAGGUUAUCCUGAUGGGCACCUUGAGCCACUACGAGACCCGGGGGAUGAUUGACGACAAACGCCUGGAUCAUAUGCUUUCUGCUGGAAAACAAAUCCUUUAUAAGACACACCAGGAGAGUGAUGUUAGGCAUGGUCUAGGGUUGUCUCCGGACAUUUGGCAAGGUCUCACGGACGUUUUCACGAAGGCAAUCCCCGUGUUGGAAUCACAAUCAUUCAUCUGGAAAAGUCCACCAGCCGCGAAUUACGAACACUCUUCGUCUAACCUAAUAGCCUACAAUUACUUUUCGCUUGUCAAGGAUAUUGAACGCCUCAAUGAUCUCUGUACGAUCGCCCGGAACCUCCUCGCCACUACGAAAAAGGCGCAAAAUAUGGCAGCAGAGAAAGGGUUUGACCAGAGGGUAUUGGCGUUGGUAGAUACCUGUGUGCGAGUGACGGCGCGGGGUUUUGACGGAGAGACGAACGCGAGAAAUGAGGAACGGUGGCAGAAAGUCGUUAACCUAUACAAGCGGCUUUUGAUUACAUGUCUUCAGUUCCUGCACAACUUUAUCAUGCAUAACGAGCAACGGAAGAUGGUUCUGUGGUUGGAUCUCUUCGGCUACCAUUCGACUGGGGACUCCAACAUCAUUCAGCCCAAGGAGCCUCUUGACCAGGCAAGCAGCCACCCAGAGGGACUGGCACCGAUUGUGAAAACCGGCGAGAGGAUAGUCAACCCCCCGAUCAGGGCACUUUACGAUCAAACAGCCGAGGAUUUAUUACUUGAGACGAUAUCCAACUUCCCGCGAGAGCCAGCUACCAUCAAAGAGGAAGCAGCUAUGCUACUACUUGCAAACAUCAAGGAUCACAUGGAAAAGCUGCUUGGGCGUGAUCUGACGGCGAUUCAAGAAAUGGGCAAAGACCCUGACCAAGUUAAAGAAAUUCGCGCCGCACUUACUGCUAUUCUGGGUGCCAAGGUGGAUGGGUGGUCAGACCUUCAAGACAGAGCAAAGGAUCUUCCUCCCGCCCUUCCAGAUGAUGAACCUCCCCGGAAGAAAGCAAUCCUUACGAUUGACCGCAGCCCGACUGCAGGGUUUCCGCGCAUAUGCUGGUCAGACCUCCCAGAUCUCAAUGAAUACGGUGCGCUUGCCUCUGGCGAUGCCCCGAUUGCAGAAGAAGACACGAGCAUGCCGAGAUCGGCUCAAUCAGCGGCAGAAACACUCCAAGAAGCCAAGGAUGAGUUAAUGGCGCGACUACAGGAGACUUCCCAACUCGGCGAUGAGAGAGAUCAUGACUAUGACACAGGCGAUGCAGGCACGGUUGGCGAUGAUGAUUCACGUAGCUUGGAAGCAGUUGCCGAUGGGAGCAUAGAUGAGGAGGAGGAAGACGAUGAAGAUGACGACGACUACCGCGGACGUCCAGGCGAUCAGCAGCGCGGCCUGCUAACCGAUAUCCCCCUUGUGUUAGGCCCUGCCGAGAUCGAGGCGCUUCCGAUGAUUAUCCAAGCCGGUAUUGUCGAUAGCUUUGGACUCAAGGGUGGCGAGCGUACUGGAUCGCGGAACAUGCAAGCUCUCAGAUGCCAUGUUCUCCUUACCCAGGAGACUGGGCGAAAUCUGCUCCGGGAGCUUUUGAUCUUCAUUGCUGCUUGGGAUCUUCCUGAUGAUGAGCUUUACUUCAAGAUGAUGGUCCAAAUUAUGGACGCAGUACUUAAGAAUGGCCUUAUGUCUCACGCUUAUUCGGACUUUGGCCAACCAAAGGAUAUAAUCUCCCCAGCACAGGCAGUUGUUGUAAAGAUCCUUACACACAUUUUCAGAGCCAAGUAUUCCCCCGCCUCCGUCACAGGUUCCGGUCAGGCCAAUGCUGCAAAGAAUCCAGCUCCGCUUUCCAGGGUUGACGUCCUGACGGUCCGCUACAUCUUCACAAUAUUCCGCGGCAACAUCAUCCCCGAGACAUGUGCUCUGAUUUACCUCCAAGGCCAGAUCCGCGCUGGACGAGCUCUGCCGGAAGACUUCCCUCUGAACCUAUGGGACAUGGAACGUGUCUACGAAGGUGUCUAUCAGUUCCUAGAGUUCUUCGCCGUCCUAACCGAGAACAACGACUGGAAAAACCUCCUCGUCAAGUGGGAGAUCGUCUACGACCUUGUCACUCUGAUCAAGGAGCUCGAAGCGAGCAUCCCCAAGGGUCAACUCAGCCAACUGAACCUCGGCCGUAACAGCCCAUCUCGGGACCAGCAUCAGAGCGCAAGCCCCGGUCCUAUCGCCGUUGAGCGACCCUACGACCCAAGCGACCCAGAUCCUACCGACGGCGGCACCGCAUCCAGGCCCGAGUCUCCGCCAAUCACCGAAGAUCCGUCCGAGUUCGAGUGGCGCAACCUCAAGAAGCUCGUUGUGCUCGUUCUCUCCUCCUUGGUGUGGAAGUGCCCUGACGUCCAGGAUCAGAUUCGGAAGCAUGGUGGUGUCGAGACUAUUCUUUCUUGCACCAAUUUUGAUGCGCAUAACCCGUAUAUCAAGGAGCAUGCCGUGAUGUGUCUUAAGUUUCUCCUUGAAGGGAACCGCGAAAACCAGAAGCUCAUCGAAGAUUUGGAAGCUCGCGAGGUUCGGGACGACGGUGGAAUGCUGGAGCAGCGAGGACUUGAAGCUGUCAUCGACAAAACCGGCAAGCUGGCACUUCGCCCACGCGACGAGCAGCCAGUCCAUGACCGGGAAAUACAGGAAAUAUGA